GAUCCCCAGUAAACUGACUAAUAUAUAUAUUCAACCCUACCACCACCAUAAUCCACCACACCUCCACCUCGUAUUUUUCAAUAAACACAAACGGAACAACAACAACAACAAGAACCCAUCAUCCAUUAUCCAUCAUCUCAUCUCUUUCUCUCUCUAAAACCCUACAAGAGAGAGAAAGACAUCAAAGCUGCAAAAGGGUGUUAUCAUUUCGUCAUGUUGUUCAAUUAUCAUUGUUGAUCAAUUUCCGAUGGGCAGAGAGUGGUUAUUCAAGGUUACCGGUGCCGGAGAUGGUGGGAAAUCACCAUCUGUGGUCACCGGUAAAAAAGAAAAGUACAAGAACACUUGGUCUUCAGGUUGCAUGAGUGCAAUUUACAAUUUGUUUGAUGUUCAUCACCAUCAGUUUCACUUUCAUCAUCCGUCAUUUAUGUCGUCCGAAUCCGGCUUUACGGAUUAUCAACACUCUUCUAGCUUUUCUCUUCAAGGCAUUGAAGCACCAAGAAAUAGCUUAGAGUCACCUCAAACCAACUUAAACAUACCAGUGGCUAAAAUUCAGAUCAAAACAAACCGGUCAAAUUUCAUUGAAGAUUUAUCUUCAGAAUCGUGCAACUCUCCUAGCGUUAAAACACCUAAUCUCGUUGCAAGACUAAUGGGUCUUGAUCUACUGCCUGAAUAUUCUUCCCCGAGAGCGUCCGCCUCAUCCGUCACAACAAACGCAAAUCAUCACACUCGUUCGUUACCCGUGACACCUAGAGUAUCAACCGCUGGUAGGCGCUCAACGGAUAACGAUUACCACCACCGGCUUUCGCUACAAAUCGACAAAGAAAAUAAUUACAAUUGUAGUAAUGGUCAAAAGUCACUUCUACAAUCGGAGACGAAACAAAUCAUGGUGCAAACAAGGGAAAGAAGCAGUCGGCGACUUGGUACUGAUAUAACAAAUAGUACCAUGUCGCCGACUGCUAGAGGUAAAUGUCACAGAAGAGACUUGAAUCUCGUUUUGGUUAGACCGAAAAAGGGUCCAGUUACUGAGACUAUCGGGAAAGCAAAACGAGAUGAAUCAAGAGAGUUAACAAGUUCACCAAAGCUUAGAUUGUUGGACAUUAAAAGUAAUCUCAAUAAACCAGUUUCAAAUUCAAACUCACGGUUGUUGUCAAAUGAAGUGGUGAAAUCAAAGUGUCAGACAGUAAAGAUGCAUCAAAAGCCUGUGAAGAAGCUGAAGAACGUAGUGAAAGAUGAAAAAAUUAAGAGAAUUGCAAGUGAAAGAUACGAUUUGAGGUUGAAGAAAAUGAGUCAACUAGAAAAGUCAACUGCAUUGCCAAAAAAGUGUCGUUCUUUCAAGAAAGAGAUGACGUCAUCUUGCUCAACAAAAAGAUUAUCUCAAAAGCAGGUGUCCUUACCUAGUAAUCAGAAGUCAUCGUACAAAUCAAAUGACACACACAAUCUCAAGGCAGUAGUCACUACUAACACCACAACCACAUGUUCUUCUAACCCUUUGCAACCAUCAAUCUAUCACCAACUAGAAAAACAUCGUCACCCCACCGUCGCCGCUGCCACUGCAACAAGCGCAACUGAUUGUGAGUGGGAUAUGGGGAGGAGCAUGUGGCGAUUGUUGUCAACAGAGUUUAUGACGGAUUUAGUAGUAGAAUUAGAGAGUGAGAUUUUAAAGAAUUUGGUACAUGAGAUUGUAACGGAAAUGGUGGGACCCGCAGUGUCUGACAUGGUGACGUCACAUGUGCGGUUCUCGUGAUCAUUUUGGAGCAAUACAGAACUAGAAGGCAUAUAUGGAAAGUCAGCUUUAUGUGAAGAGUGAAGAAGAUAGGUUUUCACUAGAUGACGAUAUUCGUAAUUAUUGUGUUGGUUUCCGCUUUUCUAUAUAUAAUACGAAAAUGUUAAUAGGCUUGAAAAAUGAAAAUAUGGUUACAAGUUACAUGUGAUGAUAGUCAAAGAAUUGUGAUUUUAUAAAA